UAUUUUAUAAAUUAUUUCUAUUUAGUAGUAGAUAAAAUUGCAUCACCUUGCUCACAAUUGCCUUUUGCAUUUCAGGCAAUUCUUGAUCUACAAAGGCAGUCCGAGAUGACAAUUUAAGAUAUUCAAAAGGAAAUGUCGUCUGCGGUUCCAGAAAUUUCGGGCCAAAUUGACUGGACGUGUCUCAACGGAAUCCCCUUUGAAAUGUUCGCAAGUAUACAUGAGCAAGGGCAUUGUGAUACAAACAGUCGAUGACUAGCAUGAGUAGUGAGAAAGAUGAAGAUAAUGUCGUCACUCCUAUGCUUUGUCCUCCUCUCAUGCUCAGGUAAAUAAGUCUGGUUUGCUCUCGUCUCCUAUCUUCUCUCCCUUCCCUUCCGCAUGAGUAAACUGAGCCCUAAGAAGUAUUAUGAUGAUCUUUUUUACUUUUUGCCAUCUUUUUUGAAAGAACUCUGCUGCAAAAUAAAGGAGCCCUUGAGCAGAAAGCAGUGACCCCCUAAUCAUUUCAUAUUCUUUUCCUUUUGUUGCCACUUUUGCAUCUGUGUAAUCCUUGCAUCUAUGAUACAUCUUGUGCUAGAUCAGGACUAAAUGAUUGCAUCAAAAAUGCUUACACAUAUACCUUUCUCAUCUUCUAAAUUCACCUUACAUCACACAUAAACCUAUCAAUAUAUUAGUCUUGUCACUUUUGAAAGGUUUUUGUAGAUCUUUACUCAAUCGUCACUCAGGUCUAUUUUUGUUCGUGGCUCAGGUUCAAAUCAGAUCACCCAUCCAAGUUCGAAAGCAUGGCUCAAAUACUAGUACUAGUCUUAGUUCAAAUCAUUGCCCUGAACCCACUAAAGCACCCUCCAAAGAAAAGAAGAAAAGAAAAAUAAACAAAAGCAAAGUGCUCUAAAAAGCUUCUUUGUUCAUCACUCUCCAAAUGUGCAUUGUCAUUUCUCCCUUUUUGCUUUUCCAAUUUGAAAAGCACUCGAAGGAGAAAGAAAAGAGCUUGCCUUUUCCAUGCACUGAACAAAGUUUCUGGGAACAAUUGAAUAUGCCAUUCAGGCUCUCACUUCUCAAGACUACAUAAACAAGCUUUAGAAGAAUGAUCUCUAAUAGGUCAAUGUCCUUCUGGCCGUAUCUGCAAAACAUAGACCUGUGUCUUGCUACCUAAUGAGAAAAAAAUUCUUCGAUAUGAAUUUCAAGAACAUCAAUCUAGAUCUCUUCACAUGAAAAUACAUUGUCACAUGAAUCGAUAUAGUUCAUAGAUUCACGAGUAUCAGUUAUUGUGUUUGCAUCUGCACACUGACAAUACUAGCUAGUGUAAGCCGAGAAUCUUUGUUUCAUUUGAAACAAGAGCCUAUUGUUUUUGAAGUUUCACUCCUUGUAAACCAUAGCAAAAACAGUUUCGCAACACAAACUGAUCAAUCUCACAAGCAGUCUUUGUUUCUGUCGAAACAAGAUUUGAUUCCAGCUGAGGAAAAACUUCCAAAAGUCAUCUUCUGAAUCAGCUCUUUCGUGUAAAUCUCUCUUGUAAACUCAUCUUUGAUCUGUCCAACUGUCACUACAUCUUGACCAACACUGCAAGGCUAAAGAAUACAAGAGUCAAAGGUAGAUUUAAAGUCCCCAUGGUCAGUGCAUCACAUGUGGACAGGCAAAGGUCAUGUGAAGUACACAGAACAUGUCUACAAGCAAUAACUCAUCCAAACUAACUUUGCAUAUCCAGAAUAGAAUCUUCCUCAACGUUCAAUCGCUAAACCAUGAAAGAUUAGUUUGCGGUACGAUACCGGGAUACAGAUCUUGUAUACAUUCUACAGAUCCACACACCUACCUAGGCUUAUAAAAUGGUGAGCGAGAUCUGAAUAUGAAUAGUAGUGUCAUGGAGCAGGAAGGCUACGGAGAGAGAUGUGUGUCAGCAGCCAUGGGUCAUGGAGGAGUGCCUGCUCCUUUCCUCUCGAAGACCUAUCAAAUUGUCGAUGACCCUUGCACCGACCACAUUGUGUCGUGGGGAGGAGAUGAGACUACCUUUGUGGUCUGGAGGCCCCCUGAGUUUGCAAGGGAUCUCUUGCCCAAUUACUUCAAGCACAACAACUUCUCCAGCUUUAUCAGACAGCUAAAUACUUAUGGUUUCAGAAAGAUUAUGGCAGAUAGGUGGGAAUUUGGCAACGAAUUCUUCAGGAAAGGAGCAAAGCAUUUGCUCUUAAAAAUCCACCGAAGAAAGGCCCCUCAAGCUCCCCUAGACUACCUCCAAUUCCACCACGAGAUGAUCAACGGUUGGAUCAUGCAACCACCAUUGACACUCUCCGCGAUAAGCUACAAUGACCACGACGAUCGGGGCCUCCUUUCUGCUCUUUUGGAAGACAACAAGUUGCUAAGGAGGAGGAACUCCUCCCUUCUGUCUGAACUCACCCGCAUGAAGAGGCUCUACAAUGGCGUUCUUCACUUCCUCCAAAACCAUAUAGUCAUUGACUCAUCUCCUUAUUCAGGAUCGAGUUCCCGAUUGCAAUGGCACGACAAUGAAGGCUCAACCAGCUUCCCUGAUAUAACAAUGGAAGAGGUUGACAAAAGUAUCAAGCUUUUCGGUGUUCCUCUUCGCCAUGAGAAGAGAUUGCAAUCUGAAAUUAGAUCUAAUAGCUCAUGGAACUGAAGGAAGUAGAGAAAAAUUGUUUGAACACUAAGAGUUGUACAUUGUAUGUAAAUCAGCUAUGACUAAGGAUUCAUCUCUACUUAAUGUGUUU